GAAGAAGAAGACGUCAGAGUCGCGCGACACAGUCCCCAUAACAACACACGUGUAUCGAGAUGGCGGACUCGAGUCGGCUCUGUUCGGUGUUCCUGGGCUCAGAGACCGGCAUCCUGAAGGGGGUCAGUCUGUCCCGGAAACAGGCCUUUAACUUCUGCAACACGCAACACCUGUCCCGGGACCAGGAGGUGCGCGUGCUGGUGUGGGGGGACCGCGCGGAGACGGACCUGCUGCUGGGGGCGCGCGACGGAUCCGUCAAGACCUUCAGCCUCGAGAAGGGGUCUUUCACCGAGACCCGGAGCUGUGGAGACCCGCAAGAAGGAGGCUUUACUGGGCUGGAGGUCCUGGAGGAGGGGGGGCUGGUGACCUGCCAGGAGACCGGGACCAUCAGGGUGUGGCGUGAGUCCAGCAGUGACCCGGUAGCAGAGGUGAUAACGGGGAAGAACGUGUCUCGGAUGCGUCAGAACCCGGCUCAGAGAAACAAAAUGGCCACCGGGGGGAAGGAGAACGGGCUGAAGAUCUGGGACCUGGAGAACCCAAAGAACCCCCCCGUGUUCUCCGCUAAGAACCUGAAGGACGACUGGCUGGACCUGAAGAGGGCUCAGUGGGUCCGGGACAUGGCCUUCAUCCCCCAGUCUGAGAAGGUGGUCACCUGCACGGGCUACCAUCAGGUCCAUAUCCACGACCCCUCCUCCCCCCAGCGCCGCCCCGUGAUGGAGAUGGAGUUCGGGGAUUACCCUCUGACGGCCCUCUCCCUGCCGACGGGGGGCACCUCUGUGGUGGUGGGCAACACCCGGGGCGAGGUGGCCGUGCUGGACCUGAGGAAGGGCCUGGUGAGGGGGGUCCUGAAGGGUCUGUGUGGGGGGGUGAGGGCCCUGCAGUGCCACCCCUCCCUCCCCAUCGUGGCCUCCUGCGGUCUGGACCGGUUCCUCCGGAUCCACAGCCUGGAGGACCGGAAGCUCCAGCACAAGGUCUACCUGAAGUCCCGCCUCAACUGCCUGCUGCUCGCCAGCCAGCGGGAGGAUGGGGGGGGCGGGGCGGGGGCGGGGGGCGAGGAGGUGAAGAAGGAGGAAGAGGAAGAGGAGGAGGAGGAGGAGGAGGAUGAGGUGUGGGAGACCAUGGAGAGGGUAGAGGAGCAGGGGAAGAGGAAGAGUACGGAGGAAGAGGAGGUAGAGGAGGAGGAGACGCUGAAGAAGAAGAAAAGCAAAAAAGGAGAGGAUUGAGGCGUUUGAGGCCCGGUCACAGUGUGGGACAUUUGAACGCUGUGAGGCUGAAACUGAGAUGUAUUUUGUGAUAUUUUGUCUGAGAGCUUUAUUAAAAUAACAGCUUGUA